AUCUGUCAGAUUAGAUUGAUUGAUUGAUUGAAAUAUGAAUUAUUUUCAGAUAAAAUGGCCGACCUUCUGAACAGGGUUGGUCGGUCAGCUUUCAACUAUUUAAGUGGAGAGAGUGGAGGAGUAGAUAAUGGAUUUGUUGGAUCUAUUGUCGAGGUUGAUGGCCUCAGAGUUCAGGUUUCGAGUCAGCUGGGUGAGGGCGGAUGUGCUGUUAUUUACUCCGCCAGGGAUUCCGCCUCGGGCAAGGAAUAUGCACUCAAACGAUUUCUAGUGUUUGAUGAGGCGAGUAUUAAGAGUGUUGUUACAGAGAUUAAACUAUUAAAAGAGUUGAAACCGCAUCCAGAUAUUGUUGAUUUUGUGACGGCUGCAAGUAUUGAGCAUACAGAAGGAAGAAAGAUGAAGGAGUUCCUCCUCUUAAUGCAACUCUGCCCACGUGGAGAUCUGGCUAAGCUGUUACAGUGUACUCUUGAGCCGCUGUCCCCUAGGAACGUCUGUCUGACAAUGUCAAGUUUGUGCCGAGCUCUGGCUGCUCUUCAUAACAGAUCCCAGCCAGUCAUUCAUAGGGAUAUUAAGCUUGAGAAUCUACUGAUAGAUGCUAAUCAAGAGAUUAAACUUUGUGAUCUUGGCAGCUGUACAACUAUAGUACAUAAUCCUACACAGGACUGGAAUGCUAACCAAAGAAACAUACUUGAGGAUGAGUUGGCUAAGUACAGUACACCUAUGUACAGAGCACCAGAGAUGUUAGACACCUGGUCUAACUACCCUGUAAACCAAAGUGUAGAUAUCUGGGCAGCUGGAUGUGUUCUAUUCUGUAUAUGUUACAACAAACAUCCUUUCGAGGAUUCGAACAAGCUUGCUAUAGUAAAUGGGAACUACAAAAUCCCGGCCAAUGAUUCAAGGUAUACGAUGUACAACAAUCUGAUUAAAUCAAUGCUUACUCUGGAUCCUAGAAACAGACCUACAGCUACUCAGGUCCUUGAAGAGAUUUCCGCCAUUGCUGAAACCCAUGGGUUCCCUACCAGGGGCUCUCUUGACCUUCCCAGACAGGUUGUGGUGCCUCCUACCCAUACCCCUUUAUCCGGCCACACCCCUUUAUCCGCUCCAGCCACACCUUCCUCUCAUCCUACCACACCAGAGGAUCCAGGAUACAGACUGGGAGUUGGGAGCAUGGCCGGGUUGCGGGGAGCAGCAGGAGUAGCAGGAGCAGCAAAUAUAACAGCUCUGAAGGGAGCUGCUGGGAGUAUAUUCAGUAGACUGAAGGAUACAACAAAACAUGUUGUAGCUUCUGUCCAACAAACCAUCAGUCCAAGAGAACUAGAUUUUCACUGUAUUACCUCCCGUGUUGCAGCAAUGGCAUUUCCAGUAGAGGGUAUUGAAUCAACAUAUAGGAAUCAUAUAGAAGAUGUAAAGAAUAUGAUGGAAACAGCACACAGUGGUCACUAUACUGUUUAUAAUCUUGCAGAAAGAACGUAUCCAGGAACCAGGUAUCCAACAGGAAGCUUAGUAAACUAUUCCUGGCCGGCCGGUUCUGUUCCUGCUCUAGAUUAUCUUAUAGACAUUCUCUCCAACAUUCUAGAAUAUUUAGCAAGGGACGCCAGAAAUGUUGUUGUGGUUCAUUGUUUGGAUGGGAAAUCAUCAACAGCUUUAGUUGUAUGUGGUUUACUGAUAUAUUCAACAUUUGUAUCAACACCUGAGCAAGCUAUUGCUGUCUUCACCAGUAAACGGUUCGAGCCAACCCUUACUCCAAGCCAGAUGUAUUAUCUGAACCAUCUGAACAGCUUAGUGAGGUCAACACCACCUGUUCUGAAAUCUCCUUUUGUUAGUCUCUCCAAUCUAGUGAUAGAACCCAUACCACUCUUUAACAAGGCUGGUGAGGGCUGUACUCCUUAUGUAGAAAUAUAUCAAGAUAAAACUAAGGCGUUGAGUACACUGCAGGAUUACAGUCGAAUGAAAGGAUAUAGCGUGAUAUCUGGAGAUGAGUGUGCUAGUAUACCACUCAAUAUAACAGUGUGUGGAGAUGUUACCGUAGCUAUCUAUCAUGCAAGACAGGCUCUCACCAAGACGACCGGAAUCAAGAUUUGUCAAUUCCAGUUUCAUACAAACAGUUUAACUCCAGGACGACCGUCUAAUGUGUGGAAUUUACCACAGCUGGAUCAAAUAAUAGAACCAGUCCGAUAUGCUGAUGACUUUAGGGUAGUACUAAACUGUGAUACUAGUGAAGAGUGUUCUGGGAAGAGUUUAACCUGGCCUUCACCUCAGUCGAAGCAGCUGUUGUUUAAUUCUGAGCAGGAUUACGAGGCGACCAGCAGGCUGGUCAGCUUGCCUCCCAAUAAGUUCCUGGAUAAUAAUCCAGGAUUUGGGAAACCUUUCCCUGAGAGUAGAUCUAUCCCUGUACACCUGAAUUGUACAGCAGCUCCUUCAAUUAUAGAGAACAAACCUACCCCUGUAAAUAAUACUGUACCAGCUAACAGUGCUUUCGAUCUUUUAGGGCUUAAUAGUGAUCCAGUAGUUCAACAACCUAAGGUUAAGAUAUCGCCCACUGAAGAUCUGAUUCCGGGGUUCGGAACUCAACCGGAACCAAGUGAAUCUUCAGUUGGAGGAGUGGAAGGGUUCGAUUUUCUGUCAGAACUAAAUCAGCCAGCACCCUCUAAUCCGCAGAAUUCUUCUGGCUUAGCUGAUCUACUAGGGGAGCAAUCAAGUGAACUGCAUGAAACACCCCUACUAGAUAUUGGAGCGGCCGAACCUGUAAAACCGGUUCCGAGGGUCACCAGCUCACCUAAUUUAGCACACAAAGGAAAUCUGGGAACCAAUCAGGACCCUUUCGCGGAUUUUAGCACAUUGACGUCAUCACUAUCCAAUCAAAAUCUGUUGGCCGGCCAGCCGAUGGGAGCGUCCGUACCAAUGAAGUCUUCCCAGCCAAUGGGAGCGUCAAAGCCAAUGGGAGGGUCAACACCAAUGGGAGCUAAUCCGUCUAGUUUUCUUGGAUCUAUGGCGGCAAAACCCACACCAGCGGCAAAGACUCCAAAUAAUUUAUUAGGAGAUUUCGAUCUGUUUGCGGGAACGCCCACUCCCAGCUCUCCUGGGCUAAACAACAACCACGCCCACGGCAGUAGUAUGGGCGGGAAGAGCCCCGUGUCCGGAAACCUAUUCCCUGGUAGUAACGGUAACCUGUUCCCUGGUAGUAACGGUAACAUUUUUCCUGGUCAGAAACCAAGUAGCCCGGGCAUGACUGCUGGAGCUUCAGUGCCGGGCAUGACCGCUGGAACCCUAGGACCGAAAGUAUCUACGCCCAUGGGUCCAAACUACAGUAGAUCUUUCUUCCAACCCCAGGAACCAUCUUUGGGAGGUGUUAAACCAAGAGUGUCUCAGGGAGCUUUUGAUGAUUUACUUGGAGGCUUUAAUCCUACAUCAAGGGACAAUCAAAACCGUACAAUUGGAGAAAUGAAGAAGGUUGAAGUAACAAAGACGAUGGAUCCUGAUGAUAUAAAGAUUAUGGAAUGGAAGGAAGGGAAGGAGAGAAAUAUUAGAACAUUACUCUCUUCACUUCAUAAAGUUCUCUGGGAGGGGGCACGAUGGAAUGAGUGCAAUAUUAGCCAGUUGGUGGGCCCUUCAGAUGUUAAGAAAAUGUAUAGGAAAGCUUGUUUGACUGUUCAUCCUGACAAGUGGAUGGAUACUGAUUAUGAGAAUAUAUCUAAGCUGACAUUCAUGGAGCUCAAUGAGGCUUGGUCUGAGUUUGAGAAUGAUCCUAACCAGCAGAAUAUGUUCAGAUGAAAACCAUGAAAAUUUUCACACGAACUA